AUGCUAGUUUAUUAUUUGGGAUUCGUCAAUCAAGCCAACGUCUUGCUCUGCUCGAUUAACCGAUUCACAAUGCUUUAUUUUACAAAAUACUAUAGCAAGAUAUGGAAUUAUGGCUUCUAUCCAAUUGUUCUAGUGAUUUUAAUUUCUCCUAUUCCUCACCACUUGCCGCUUCUGCUUGAACCAAGCUAUUUUGUGUUCAGCCUCGUGACGGGCACCUAUUUUACCGCUACCACAGCAAAUGAAUCGUUAAUUUCCACCGUCUUAAUGAUUUUCAUUUUGGUCGUCGUCAUAUUCAACAUCAUACUCAACUCACUUUGUUGGCAUCGUAUUACAACUCUUAAAUAUGGAUUGGACGCUAGCAAAGCAAAGGAUCCACAUCAUACAAGCUUCUUUGCAAAUUUUUUCUACAUGAUUGCGCGUUAUUCCAACGAUUUGUUGACGCUUUCACAUCCUUGGAUAUUACUUGCAGUCAGUAGUGCGAUCAAUUGUAAAGAUAGCAAUUCUUCGCUUCAAACUAACAUCAUCGCCAAAUACGUCAUUAGUGGUUCAGCAAUCUGCUAA